GUUUCACAAGUUAUUAUAUUUCAUGGAUGCUUUUCGAGUCAAAUUCACACUAAAACAAAUCGUAUUGUGAGAGAUAUGUCAUUGCGGAGUGCAUGUUAAAGUGCAUGUUCCGACGUAUCCGAGACUUCAGAAAUCGAGGAAAUUGACCUAGCCAGUCCCAACAUACGAGCAGAAGUUCCCUCGAUACCCUCGGGGACUGUAAGCAAAAUAUACGAAAUGGCUAUAUUUAGCAGAGUUUUAGCGCGCUUUACGUGGCUGCUUCUUUGGCGAUUCAGGCAAGUAGUCCUCCAGCACAGAGUUGGGCUCGUCGUCACUUCGCUUGGACUUCGAGGGGAGCGGGAUGUCUUUGUAGUGCUUGACCUUGAUGCUGGCACGGGGCGAUGGCCGGAGCUCCUCCUUCCACAGGUCUUGCUGUUCACGCAACCCACGCACCCAGCGCUUCAAGUCGCCUUCCGACUCGGCUCGCAAGAAGUAGCUGCGAUCAGGCGUCUUGAUGACAAAGCUGUAGAGCCCGUGGUCGCCCGAAUCGAAUGGACGGAUCGAUUCAAUGGACAAUAGGUCGAUGCUCUUGGACGCAUCUGUGGUGGACUUGGACGUGUAGUACUUGAACUGCUUGCCUUCGAGGGAGAACCACCGCCGCGUCCAGUCGGACGUGAGCAUCUUGGGCUCGCGCUUCAUCUUGCUCAGGUAUCCGCUGAUCGUUGCCAUCGUGGGGCAAGCGUGUUUGGAAAUAACACGAGCCUCGUUUGUUUUCGACUUGAGC